AGGCUACCAGUUAAAUUUUACAAUUCAAAUUUCAAUACCACAGCAAAAACUACUAGCCUAACAAAUAUAAAGUUCAAACAUCAUUGAAGACAAGUGAACAGUCAGUAAAUUAAGAGGAACAAAUGAACAAAUUACAAGCAAUAACACAAAUAAAUGAAUAGAACAAAAAUACAAAUUAAAGAUGUUUUGGGGUUUUAGAUUUGUAGGUGUUGAAGUACAGAAAUUAAAUAAUCAAACCUAAAAUAAUAUUGCAUAUUCAUCACUUUAUAAAUGGAAUAGGCUACUCCCCCCUAACGGCGCCCCUUUCUCUUUAUCAUGCAUCAGUGACUUUAGCUCUUUAAUUUCACAAAAGCGCCUCACUGUGUUGUGGAAGGGCCCAAGUAAAUGUACAUAUAUAUGGUUAUAACACCCACAUUCCAGACUAUCAGGCAGUGUUUACAGAUAGGCAUGGCUUGACUGCUUACUCAGUUUCUGUAUGCAGAUAUUAAGAUGGAGGUUUAGCGCAGAUCAGUCGAAGACUUCUGACUACUGCGCUUACAACCGAGAAAAUGAUUUUCUUUUUAUUUAUUGUAGUUUUAUUGGUUGCAUAUUUUAUUGCUCAUAGGAUUUUUGUUCAUAGGAAGACCUUUACCGGCACUUCCAAACUAUAUGGGAAAACAGUCAUUGUAACGGGUGGCAACACUGGCAUUGGGAAGGCGACUGCUGCAGAGCUGGCCGUGAGAGGAGCCCGAGUGAUUCUGGCCUGCCGCAGCAAACAGAGAGGAGAAGCAGCAGCACAAGAAAUCAGGACGGAAACUGGGAAUGAUGCUGUGAUCUUUAUGCAACUGGAUCUUGCAAGUCAGAAAUCCAUUCGAUCUUUUGCCGAAACCUUCCUCAAGGUUGAGCCCAGACUGGACCUGCUCAUCAAUAACGCUGAACACCCACAUUCCAGACUAUCAGGCAGCGUUUACAGAGGGGCGUGGCUUUUCUGCAGUUUACUCAGUUUCUGUAUGUGGAUAUCUGCUACGCUCACAACUGCAAACAUGAUUUUCUUUUUAUUUAUUGUAGUUUUAUUGGUUGCAUAUUUUAUUGCUCAUAGGAUUUUUGUUCAUAGGAAGACAUUCACCGGCACUGUCAAACUAUAUGGGAAAACGAUCAUUGUAACGGGUGGCAACACUGGCAUUGGGAAGGCGACUGCUGCAGAGCUGGCCGUGAGAGGAGCCCGAGUGAUUCUGGCCUGCCGCAGCAAACAGAGAGGAGAAGCAGCAGCACAAGAAAUCAGGACGGAAACUGGGAAUGAUGCUGUGAUCUUUAUGCAACUGGAUCUUGCAAGUCAGAAAUCCAUUCGAUCUUUUGCCGAAACCUUCCUCAAGGUUGAGCCCAGACUGGACCUGCUCAUCAAUAACGCUGCACUGGCCGCUCCAGGACGCACUGAAGAUGGCCUCGGCAUGAUCCUCGGUGUCAAUCACAUCGGUCCAUUCCUGCUGACCAGUCUUCUGUUGGAGCGUCUCAAGGAGUGUGGGCCAAGCAGGGUGGUCAAUGUGUCGUCUUGUGGUCAUGAUCUGGGCACUAUUGAUUUUGACUGCAUCAACACACACAAGAAGCUUGCUCUGGGAUCAUCUGACGUUGAUUUAUUCAGGGCCUACGCCAACAGCAAGCUCUGUAAUGUGCUUUUCACUCAUGAACUGGCCAAGAGACUGGAGGGAACCAACGUCACAUGCUACAGUCUCCAUCCAGGUUCGGUAAGAACAGAGCUCACCCGUGACAUCAAUGAAUGGCACAUGCGCAUUAUCAAGGCCAUCAUGAUUAAGUUCUGGGCGACUGACCCGGUGUCCGGGGCUCAGACGACGCUGUACGGCGCACUACAAGAGAACAUCGAGCACCUGAGCGGACGAUACUUUUCUGACAGUCAGCUGGUGCAAGUCAAGCCCGAGGCCAGAGAUGAUGGAAUCGCUAAAAAACUGUGGGACAUUAGUGAGAAGUUAUGUGGCAUGGCUUGAAUACACAGACACACACACUGCUGUGAGAAAAUUAUUGGUAUUUCUUUCUUUUGGUAUAUUAAUGUGUCCUUCAGGCAGAGUUCUGAGCACACAGAGUCAUAUUUAAAAGUGGGAAAAUUGAAAUUCUACAUGAAACAGCCCCUGUGAUCAUUUCUAGCCUAAAGCAUCUUAUGAUCCUCUUAUCAGACAAGCUCAGAUGGGGCAUUAGAGGACAAAGGGUCUAAAAGACUAAGCACCAUUUCAAACUUUACCACCAUGAAAUGCACCAUGAAUAAUAAAAAAGAAAGUAUUCUUGACGU